AUGGCUCCCCGAGCACCUGUAAGAGCUCGCGACUAUGACUAUUCCAAUGUGGGGAAGGCAGGAAGGUCGCGAAAACUAGAAUGGGAAGCUAAUCAGACGGCGAAUAAUCACAGACGGACCGGGAUUACUCUGAAGGAAGGAAAGCGAGAUGAACAUGGAAUGGAAGAGAUCGACGGCAUGUUCUCGUCGCCGGAGAAGUCGCCUACGGGAUUGAAUGGUUUCGCGCAUGAUAAUGAAUCAGAUAGCAAUUCAGAUGGUAUGUCCAUCGACGAUGGUAGUGCUCCUGGCCCGGGUGAUUUCCUUGCCGGUGCAAGUGGACGCAAUUCUUAUUUCCCUCCCCCCGUUGCUCGAUCGCCUAUGAAGACAGGCCUGACGGGCUCUCCACGGCGGACUCCUGCAUUGCGUUCGUCGCCGAUUCCGCGCAGCGACCAACCAUCUUCUAGCCCAUCUACCGGUCGUCAGCUAAACAACAGGACUUCCGAGGCUGGAAGACACAUUAGAUCACCUCUCAGCCAACGACGGCCGAAUGCAGCGCCCGCAUCGCGCGUUAAUGGAGUGAACGGAAAGGGCAAGGGAAAGGAGAUUGCUUUUGACCAUGACACCACUGCAGACUUCUCUGAUGGAGAUGGAAACGGUCUACUCAGCGGCGACGAGAAUCUGGGAGAUAUGUCAGAAGUCCAAGACAUCAUCAACAGUUCCGGCGGCGACGAAAAUGACGAGCCGCUGGGCGCCGAAGAAAACCUCCAAGAGGGUGUGCCAUCCGAUGUCGAGCAGAAUGAAGAUAUUUCAGAAGCGGAAUCACCAGUACCGGAGCCGAGAAAGGCCAGUAAAGAAUCCACUGUUCAAAGGAAAGCUAGCGCCAAGGACCAAGUAUCGCAACGUGGGUCAAAAGCGAAUACUACUCAGGCUAAUGGAACAUCUAAACGCAAGCAGGCGGGAAGGCCGUCAAAGACCCAGCGCGAUGAAGAGGAGGAGCCCACUGAACAAAGGCCGGCAAAGAAAUCGAAGACCACAGGACCAAAGAACCAAGGUCCGAAAGCUACAGGGAACGCAGAACUGGACAAGGUCGUUGAGAACUAUGCCAACCGUACAGGUCCUCUGAAAGGUCGCAGCCUAUAUAUAUUAAAGCGUGAAAAUCCUGACCAGGUAGCCACGCAUACUCGGUCCGGACGAGUAUCAGUACGGCCGCUGGCAUAUUGGCGCAAUGAGAGAUGUGUCUAUGGUGAUGAAGAAGCGCAAGUCGGCGAACGGUUCCCAUUGACUACUAUCAAGGAAAUUAUUCGGACGGAAGACGUCGAGCCUGAAAAGAGGGCAGGUUCAAAGCGAAAAUCUUCUAAGAAAUCAAAGUCGAAGUCUAAGAAGAAUCCGGAUGACGAAUCAGAAGACGAGACCCAGGACAACUCUGAUCCUUGGGAGAAAGAAGGUAUCCUUCAUGGAUAUGUUAGGAAAUGGGACCCAGAAACUCAAACUACAACGGAAGAUGAUGACGUGCUUGAUAUAGCAUAUGGCCCUGCAGGGAUAGAGACGCGUGAAGUGAAAGACUCGACGUUCCGCUUCGCCAAGUUGCUCAGCUCUCCAUUCUUGGGCUCUGGUAUUGUUGAAUUGCCGCCUGGUGGUGUCAAAAAACCGAAGAACUCGAAGAGAAUGCAUAUGGUAUUCUAUGUUUGCCAUGGCAGAGUACAAGUCGACAUUUCUGGCGUUCAGUUCAGCGCUGGGAAAGGAUGCGUUUUCCAAGUUCCAAGAGGAAAUUACUAUAGCUUCGCGAAUGCGUACGAGAAAGAUGCUCGGCUCUUUUUCACGCAAGGAUGCAUCCCUACUGAAGGAGAAGCCGCUGCUGCCGCCGCAGAAAGUUCAAAGCCUGCCACGGAGGAGGAAUCUACAGCAGAAGCAAGCACAGGCCGUGCUACAAAUAGCACAAAAGGCCGGCCCAGAGGAAAACAGAAAGCUGGUGCUAAGUAG